AUGCUGCCGCUUAAGCGCGAUGCCCGCUACGGCCGCAUCGGCGCUCGUUCUCUGUGCGGCGACUCGGACCGCGACGAGGACGACUCGAGGCUCGAUUGCCGUCGGGAUUUCGACGCUGAGCCGCCGGCCGUCAAGUGGCUCACGACCACCUUCAUCCGGUGCAUCCCUGUGCUCGCGACCUUGUCGUGGCUCGGGACCUUGCUCGCGCUCCUCGGCCUGUGGACCUUCCAGGACGGCCGAGCCCGCCUAGCCUCGGACGGCUCCUUGUCGUCCAUCGCCUCGAUCGGCGCGUCGCACCGCCUCACCUUUCUCUUCGGCGCCAUCUCGACCGCCGUCUUCUACUCCCUGUCGCUCGUCACGGAGCGCUUCCUGCGCACGACGCGCGUCCUCACCGAGGUGACCGACGAGCGCUACCUGUGGGUCGCCGUUGGGUGCGCAGACGUCCUCGUCGGCGUCCUCGCGAGCGCGAGUCUGGUCCUCCUCGCCGUGUUCGACACGGUCGAGUUCCCGCACGAGCACGACAUCCUCCUCAUCGCCUUCUUCGUGUGCGUGAUCGUGAGCGGGCUCCUCCAGAUGACCGAGGUCGAGCACCUGUGGCACGAGCACCCCGACCGCGACGACCUGCGCGAGGGCGCCUUCCUCAAGGCCGUCUUGCUCGCCGUCGUCGCCGCGUCCGGCCUCGGGUUCUGGGUCCUCUCGACCUUGUGCGGUGGGGACGCGACGGCGGUGCCGUAUCGGCGGUGCUACCGCCUCGUUAUGGCUACGACGAAGAGGAAGGGAGGGUAG